CCCGGCUCUUCCGCUGCUCCAGCUCUGGCUCUCCCUUGAACAGCUCCUAGAGAGAACAAGGCGUGCGGAGCUCGGAUCACCAGCAUCAUGCUCCUUGGGCUUGGAUCGUAGAUCCCCCUCUUUGAACAUUAAAAUAACUCCUUCGUCUUUCAGCGUCCCAAGCAGACCCGGCGAGAAAACAAGCACGUGAGAGAGAGAGGAAAGAAAGAGGAGGAAGACGAAAAUCUGCAACCAAGGGGACUAAAGCAAAGAAAAAGAGUGCUUUGCUUGCACAGCUGCAAAGUGGGAAUUUAAAGAGCUGCAGAGAGAGAAAUUCCAGCUCAUCAGCACAUACACAUUGCAGAAUUACAGAUCCAGGUAGAAAUGACAUCAACAGGGAAAGAAGGCAGCGGAGCUCAACAUGCACAAUAUGUUGGACCCUAUCGUUUGGAGAAAACCCUAGGAAAAGGACAGACAGGGCUUGUGAAGUUGGGGGUUCACUGUGUCACGUGUCAGAAGGUCGCGAUAAAAAUUGUCAACAGAGAGAAGCUCAGUGAGUCGGUGCUAAUGAAGGUGGAGCGGGAAAUAGCCAUCCUGAAGUUGAUAGAACAUCCCCACGUUUUAAAGCUGCAUGAUGUUUACGAAAAUAAAAAAUAUUUGUAUUUGGUGCUAGAACAUGUGUCAGGUGGGGAGCUCUUCGACUAUCUCGUAAAAAAGGGAAGAUUGACACCAAAAGAAGCCAGGAAGUUCUUCCGACAAAUCAUCUCUGCUUUAGACUUCUGCCAUAGUCAUUCAAUAUGCCACAGGGACUUAAAACCAGAAAACCUACUGCUGGAUGAAAAGAACAACAUCCGGAUAGCAGACUUCGGGAUGGCAUCGCUGCAGGUUGGGGACAGCUUGUUAGAAACCAGUUGUGGAUCACCACAUUAUGCUUGUCCUGAAGUCAUCCGGGGAGAAAAAUAUGAUGGAAGGAAAGCAGACGUCUGGAGCUGUGGAGUCAUUUUGUUUGCGUUGCUAGUGGGUGCCCUGCCUUUCGAUGACGACAACUUGCGGCAACUGCUGGAGAAGGUGAAGCGUGGAGUGUUCCACAUGCCCCAUUUUAUCCCCCCCGACUGUCAGAACCUUUUGCGGGGGAUGAUUGAAGUGGAUGCCUCGAAACGUCUCACGCUAGAACAUAUUCAGAAACACAUAUGGUAUAUAGGGGGUAAGAAUGAGCCAGAACCAGAGCAACCAAUCCCUCGAAAGGUGCAGAUUCGUUCUCUCCCUUCCUUGGAGGAUAUUGAUCCAGAUGUGUUAGAUAGCAUGCACUCGUUAGGCUGCUUCCGUGACCGAAAUAAACUCUUACAGGACUUGUUGUCGGAAGAAGAAAACCAAGAAAAAAUGAUUUAUUUUCUUCUGCUUGACCGGAAGGAGAGGUAUCCUAGUCAUGAAGAUGAGGAUCUUCCCCCUAGAAAUGAAAUAGAUCCCCCCAGGAAGCGUGUGGACUCCCCAAUGCUGAACAGGCAUGGGAAGCGGCGGCCAGAGAGGAAGUCGAUGGAGGUUCUCAGUGUGACGGAUGGCGGAUCCCCAGUUCCUGCUCGCAGAGCUAUUGAAAUGGCACAACAUGGACAGAGUAAAACAAUGUUCAGUAAAAGCCUGGAUAUCUCUGAAGCCAAUCCCAAAUUCAACAAAGAAGAAAGGAUGGCGAGUGCUGAUCCAUUGGGGUCUCGGUCAAUCAGCGGAGCAUCGUCUGGGCUCUCCACCAGUCCUCUCAGCAGUCCAAGGCCUAUCAGAAAGUUCUUCAUCCCCCCUCAGACCUCCGACCUCCCUUUCUCUCCCCGACCCCAAGUCUCCUUGGACCCUGAUGCUUGUAGGAACGCCUCCAGGCCUGGACAUGUACUCCAACCAAAGCCAGCACUUCAGCCCAACCCAAAGACGCAGACUUUGCCAUCCAAGAGCAAAUUGGCUGAAAAACCACUCCAGUCUACUAAAUCCAACCCACUCCCUGCCAGCAAUACCAGCACCCCCUCUUCCCAGAACAACCCUGUGCAGAAUGCUCAGGGCCGCUCGCCUGCUGCCAGCUUUAACCCACAGCUGGCUGUUCCUAAAGUGCAGACCAACCCUAUGUCUCCUGUUAGAUUGCUCCCUUCUAGUACUGACCCAAGCACCAAAUCUAUCCCCAUCAUACAGGUCACCCCUCACCCCUCUCCAAGGGGAAGUCCCCUCCCUACCCCCAAGGGGACACCUGUUCAUACGCCAAAGGAGAGCCCAGCAGGCACACCCAACCCAACACCACCAUCCAGCCCCAGCAUUGGAGGAAUGCCCUGGAGGACACGGCUCAACUCCAUCAAGAAUAGUUUCCUGGGGUCUCCUCGCUUCCAUCGUCGGAAAUUGCAAGUACCUACACCUGAAGAGAUGUCUAAUUUAACCCCAGAGUCAUCCCCAGAGCUUGCCAAAAAAUCCUGGUUUGGUAAUUUCAUCAACUUGGAGAAAGAAGAACAGAUUUUUGUGGUCAUUAAGGACAAACCCCUAAGCUCCAUUAAGGCUGAUAUAGUCCACGCUUUCCUCUCGAUCCCAAGUCUCAGUCACAGUGUCAUCUCACAGACAAGUUUCCGUGCAGAAUACAAGUCCACAGGAGGUCCUGCUGUCUUCCAGAAGCCAGUGAAGUUCCAGGUGGACAUAACAUACACAGAAGGGGGAGAGGCGCAAAAGGAGAACGGGAUCUAUUCUGUCACUUUCACACUCUUAUCAGGUCCAAGCCGUCGCUUUAAGAGGGUAGUAGAAACCAUUCAGGCACAGUUGUUAAGCACACAUGACCAGCCUUCAGUGCAGCAGUUAUCAGACACCACUAACUGUAUGGAGUUGAUGACUGGCAGACUUUCCAAAUGUGGCAGCCCAUUGAGUAACUUCUUUGACGUAAUUAAACAACUUUUUUCAGACGAGAAGAACGGGCAGGAAUUAUCCCGAAAAGUUAACAUGUCAGCCACGGCUUCACCUUCUGUGCUCUGCGGACACUUGUUGACGGAAGGCAACCGAUGUAGACUGUCCAAGGACCAGUCCUGUUUGAGGUUCCCAGCCUCCCCUCUCCCUUCAGGAAGUGGGCUUCUCCCCCACUUCUCCCCAGACACCUCCCCAAUGCACGCCUGGUUUUUUUUCUCCCCUCUCUUUUUCUUUUUUGGUGCUCCACAAGAGAGAUCUGCUCAGUUAUGGGAUUGCAGAGUCUGGGCUCAAAGGAGGUUGCAAAUUGUUGGAGUGAAUUAUUUACCCUUGGCAACUUCUGUCCGCGCAGGUGAACGCAGCCCGGAGAGGGAGGGUGUGGGGAAGGAGACGGGUGUAGCGGGAGCGCAGUGUUCCAUGAAUCCAGAGCACGUUCUCAUCAGAAACCAGCCAGGAGCAACUCAAAACUAAGCGUUGAACCAAGACAAUAUUGGGGAGCUUCAUCAAGGGAUUUUCUUACCUUUUUCUUUUUUUCUCCCCACCACCUUUUCCUUUUCUUUUGCCCCCUUUUUUUAUAUAUACAUGUAUAUAUGUGUGUAUAUUUAUGUAUAAAUAUACAUACAUACAUAUAUAUAUAUACACACACACAAACUAAUUGGUUUUUAUACUGUAUCAUUUUGCUUUUUAACCUGCUGGAAGGGGAAAGGAGUAAACAUAGGAGGGAGAGGGGGUUCAAUGAAUAAACACAUACAAACAAAACAUUAAAACUUAGGGAAAAGGCAACUUCUGGUAGCAAAGAAGAGGGACAAGACUCUGCCAAGGACUGUCUCUCCCGUCACCAGGCACAGUUGCUGCUGCUGCUACUGCUGCUCCUCCUUCAACACCUUCCUCCCCACCUGUCAACUCCCUGCCACUGUGCCACCGCGCUGGGACCUUCUUCAACCAGCUGGAUCCUCCACCACACCCUGCAUUUAGAGGCAAUUGUUGUGUUACUAGUGCUGCAUUGAUAUCAGUAUUAUUAUUUCUUUAAGUUACCAGUUUCAUUUGUUGGCUUGGGUGAUUUUUUUCUUAAAAAAAAAGGAAAAAAGAAAAAAAAAAGAAAAAAAAAAAGAAGAUGAAGAGGAGGAAGAAAAGAGACUUAUACUGGGUUUUAUUUCCUCUCUGUGUGUGUGUGUGUGUGUGUGUGCAAAAUCACUGGCACUUAGUUCAUCAGAGCAAGACAAGGUGGAGUCAGGGCAAUGGGAGACUUAAUCACGAAGCUACUGUAAACUUUAAAAUUUACUGCAAGAUAUUUUUAUAACGUUUUGGUUUUGGUUUUGGUUUUGUUUUUUUGUUUUCGAAGGGGAGGAGGGUGGGAUUGGGUGGAUGGGGACCUUUUUUUUUGUGUUUCAGUUAUUAGGUCUUGGUUAUUUAUAUAUACAUAUAUAUAUAUUUAAAAAAAUAAGCUGUUAGAUAUAUCUUCUGUUUAAUAACUGUGUAGAGGCAACAUUGAUUCUUAUUUAUUUUGGGGAGGAGGGGGAAAAAAGACACAGAAACCCUGUAAGUGUUGAUUUUGUGACUUUGAGAAAGAAGAAUUGCCGCCUUUUUUCCUCCUCCUCAAGAGUUAUGUGACCAAGUGUAACUUAUUCUGGCCCAAGCUCAAAGGUUAAACAAACAAAAAAACGUGGUUUUACGCGUGGAAGACAAAACACAGUGAGAAGUAUUUCUUGACUGAGAUUUUAAGAAUGUAGGCUUAGCAUUAGUGUUCAGCUCUUUUAUGACCUUCGAUUGCUGCUCGUUGGGUUCCUAUGGGUGUAUGUUGUAUCGCAAGUUUAUUUUUUUUUUUAAUGAUAAUGUUGGAUGAGUUCUUUUUUGUUGUUGUUGUCGUUGUUGGUUUUUUUAAUAAUUUUUUCCCCUUCUUGGACCAGUUUUACUUGUACAUAGGUUUGAAGAUUAAAAAGAAUUUUUAAAGACACAACUGGGGCAAAGACCUUUGACUUCUGCCCUGUUUCCCCAUUCCCCCAAAUGGGAGGGAUUUAUUUUAAUUUUUUUGCUUUAUUUAUUUAUUUAUUUAUUUUUUCCCUAUUCUUAAACUUUUCUCUCUCGUAUUGCUGUGUGCAUGUCAGACACCAGGGGGUGAUGGCUGGGGAGGGGGGGAGGCAAGGGUGCAGGAGAGGGGGGCAGUUUUAAUUGCAUGACAUUGCUGUAAAUUAGUCUCUUUUGCUUUCGUUGUCUUUCCUGCCUCUGCCCUCUCUCUACUUCUCCUCCGAGCUCCCCUCCCAUCACCCCCGUCCUUCUUUUCCCUCUUUUCUCUUCCCUUGUGUAUAGAUUUUGAUGCUUCUGUUACAUUGUACCUCUACAAAAGGCUGGGAUUUCAAUACAAGAUAAUAAUAAUAAUUUAAAAAUACCUAUAUCAGCAAAACCCAUGUGGUACAAGCAGGAAGGGGAUUACUUACACAAGAUAUAAGAAUAAAUGAAAGCAAUACCUCUUGUUAUCCUUCCUAUUUUGUACUUCGAAGACACACACGCGCGCACACACACAUAUACAGACACAAACUGACAUUAUUUAAUGGUUUGAAAUGGACAAAAAAAAUCUGAUGUAUCCCUUGUUAAAUAACUGUGAGCAACUUUAGUUCAAAAACCAAUAAAUUCAUUCAGUAAAGAUA